CUGAAUUUAAAGUAGAGAUGCUUCUUGUUGGUGAACUGCUUCAUACAAGGAUCUAUAGGUUCAGAAGUCACUUUUCUAUGUAUUAUGUAACCUGUUCUUCCAGGCGAGCAGAACAAAGAGAGAGAGAGAGGCCAGAGGAGAUAAGACUCAGUCGUAGUAAAGUCCAUCAGUUCAUUAGAUGGGUGUCACUCUCUGAGUCUCUCCUGCUGCUGACAUCCUGCUCAUUCACUCCAACUAUGACUGAGGCUGAGCUGUACACCUUGUAUAAAGGCAUUUAUCUGCCUUUGUCUCUGCACCCUCCUCAGUGCGAGGACUUCACUUUCCGACCUGAUGAUAUUAUCAUUGCAACGUAUCCCAAGUCAGGUACAACCUGGAUGCAGGAGAUCGCCCCUCUGAUCAUGAGUGGAGGAGAUCCGGCCUCCGUUGAGACUCUUCCUAACUGGGACCGUGUUCCCUGGCUGGAGGUGCGCCGGGCCUCUAACCUGUACCUGUCAAAGAGGCCGUCUCCUCGCAUAUUUGCUACACACUUCCACUACAACAUGAUGCCCCGGGGCUUCUUUGAAGUAAAGCCAAAGGUCAUCUACGUCAUGAGGAACCCCAGAGAUGUGUUUACAUCUUCCUUUCAUUAUUAUGGGAUGUCCUCCUUCCUGGUGGACCCAGGCCCACAGAGCGACUUCCUCCACAAGUUCCUGGAUGGAAAAGUUGCCUUUGGCUCGUGGUUCGAUCAUGUGAAGGGCUGGCUGAACGCUGAGGAUAAAGACAGAAUCAUGUACAUCUGCUAUGAAGAGAUGAUCGUGGACCUGAAGGACUCUGUGUCCAGACUCGCUCAGUUCCUGGAGAAACCUCUGGACUCUGAGGUGAUAGAGAAGAUAGCAGAGCGCUGUUUGUUCAAGAACAUGAAGCAGAACAACAUGUCAAACUACUCUGCUGUUCCUCCCCAAUUCAUGGACCAGACCAAGUCUGAGUUCCUCAGGAAAGGAAUCGCUGGAGAUUGGAAAAACCAGCUGACAGCGUCAGAGGCGGAGCACUUUGAUACAGUCUACAAAGACAAAAUGAAGGAUGUCAAGUUUAAAUUUGUCUGGGAUUAAAAUAAACUCAAUGAACAUAUGUAAUGAAAGUUGGAGAGGAGAUGUCACAGCAAUGCUAAUGUGGCUAAUGGUUAUGGUUAGAUUGUGUUUGUUGGCUCUCGUGUUCACAGGGAAACUUCAUCCAGCUUCUUGUUGUUUGUUUAAUGGAUGAUUUCAUCACUAAGAUGCUGGUAGUCUAGUGCGACAUCUAGUGGCAGAUCGUUUACAGAACCUUUAAAAAUGUGAAUCCAUGAUGACGGACUCCUGCAGAUUCUCUGCUUUGAUUAAAUCAGGACCUUUGUCUACAGAGUGAAUAAAUCAGUGACCUGUGAACUAAAUGAU